AGUGAAGGAAACAAACGCCAUUGCGGCUCAAACAGGAACCUCGAUUGGGUUUAAAGAAACCGUGGGUCAGAACCAAAAUGGCAGCCCGGAGUCAGUUCUUCGUGAUAGCAGUUACUGAUCAAGCCAGCUCAAUCGAUGGUUUCCAAACCUGAAGAAGGUAGUGGAGAGAUUGAAAGGAUGCCUCGGGUGGUGUUUCUCCAUCCAGAUCUUGGUAUUGGAGGUGCAGAGCGGUUAGUGGUUGAUGCAGCUGUUGCCUUGAAGUCUCAAGGAUGCAGUGUUCAGAUCUGGACGGCCCAUUAUGAUCCAAAACACUGCUUCUCUGAGACCCGGGACCCAGAUCUUCCUGUGGUAUGUGUUGGCGACUGGUUACCCACCAGUGUGUUUGGCUGCCUACACGCUCUUUGUGCGUACCUUCGGAUGAUCUAUGUGGCCUUCUACCUGGUCUUUCUCAGCAGUGUAGAGUAUGAUGUCAUCUUCUGUGAUCAGGUAUCGGUUUGUAUACCGGUGCUGCGGUUGUCCCGGCGGAGGAAGAAAGUCUUGUUCUACUGUCACUUUCCGGACCAGCUGCUGACCCAGAGGAAAUCAGCCCUAAAGAAGCUCUAUAGAGCUCCUAUUGACUGGUUGGAAGAACGCACCACUGGCAUGGCUGAUCUGAUUUUGGUGAACAGCCAGUUCACUGCAGCCAUCUUCAGAGAGACCUUCUGCAGUCUAAACCAAGUCCACACAGAUGUCCUCUAUCCGUCCCUCAACACUAAUACCUUUAAUCAGUUGUCUACGAAAGCACAGGGCCUCCAGGGGCUGCUUCCUGAAGGAAUAUCUCACCUGUUUCUGUCUCUGAACCGAUAUGAGAGAAAGAAGAACCUGGGCCUGGCUCUGGAGGCUCUGGCAGUCCUAAGAUGCAGCCUCAUCCCGGGUCAGAGAGCAGGUGUUCACCUGGUAAUCGCUGGGGGCUACGACGACCGCGUUACUGAGAACGUUCAACACUACAUCGAGCUGAAUGAACUGGCAGAGCAGCUCCACCUGGAGGACUGCGUCACCUUUAUGCGUUCUCCUUCUGAUUCUCUGAAGGUGGUCCUGCUGCAAACAUCCACUGCAGUGCUUUACACCCCCAGCAGAGAACAUUUUGGGAUAGUUCCUGUAGAAGCCAUGUUUUGCAGCUGUCCAGUUAUCGCUGUGAACUCAGGCGGGCCCCUUGAGAGCGUGGCAGACGGGGAGACGGGCUUCCUGUGCGAGCCCACGGCGGAAGCCUUCUCCAAGGCCAUGGAGAGGCUUAUCAGGGACACACGCCUCCGCAGGGACAUGGGACAAGCUGGGAAGAGGAGGGUGGAGGAGAGGUUCUCUCUUCAGGCCUUCUCAGACCAGCUGUAUGGGUACAUUGUCCAGCUGAGCAAGUGAUGCAACGGGAGGAGGAAAACAGUGGAAAUGUGAAACUGAACAACUGCUAGCUGUAUUACUGUGCAAAAGUCUUGUGUUUUGUUUUAAUUUCCAGGAGCCAGAGUUUUUUUUCACAGAUCUGAAUGAUGUUUUUGAUGAGUGUUAUUUAAAGCAUUGCACUCAUUUUCUGCCCUGUCAUUGAAUCCUUGAUUGUUAAAACACUUAACACAAUAUGUGUGUCAUGGCCAUGAGGGGAUAGAAAAUGAGCAUUAAAAACAGCAACAACAACAAAUGCAACAAGUCCAAAAAAAACAACAGUGAAAGACCUUUUUAUAAAGAUGAAGAACUAUGGGUCAAGACCAGUUCAGAAGAUUACAAGGUCUGCCUCAUUGGAAACUAAAUCUAAAGAGUGGUUUGAAACUUUUGGGCAGUACUGGGCUUGGUGUGUAUUAUUAGUACUAAUUAAUCAGCCCUCCCCAUGAGAGGUUGCUGUGAGGCGAGAAAAGGAUGGAAUUCCUGUACCAAUUAGGAAAUGAGAAAUUAGUUUACCUGUCCUGUUGCUGGAAAAAUACCACCUCUAAGCACGUCUGGAACUGUGAAAAAGUGCUGCAACGUGGCAACCAAGAGCCCAGAAAAUGAGUCUCCAACGAGGAUUGAUUGUUAGCGGGAAAUGUUUUGCACUGUGUGUGUGUAUGUUUUUUUUGUCUUCUACAGCACAUUUUGUUUUUGUGUCUUUAUGACGAUGAAGAAGAGGAACGCAGUCAUCACCACAUGCCAUCAGGCAGUGCACAAUCUCAGAUCGAUAAGGUGGAUGUUUUCUGCCCCAUCCUGUCCGUCCAAAGCUUUGUUCCCCUUCCUGCAGCUACGUAAAGGGUUAUUAGCAAAUGGAGCGUUUGGCUUUAUUAGAGGUCUGGUUGAUGGGCACUGUGUCUGGGUCAUUAUCAAUGAGGAGAAUAGCAGAAGGUCAUUGUGUCUCUGCAAUGACCUCCUCUGGCUUCCUACUGUAUAGAAAGGCUCCUAUUGACAUUCUUGAGUCUUAAUAAACAAGAAGACACAUUGUUUCGCCCCAUCUCUUAUGAGUCCCACUUUUGCUGGUGCGUUUGUUGGCCUUUAAUUGACUUGUGUAAGGAUUUUGUGGGCGAUGAAGCUCAGAUACAUUGUUAUUGCUGUAAAUAAAAUAUUCCAAGAAAAA